GGCAGAGGGAGGGGUAAGUGCUGAGAGUGUUGUUGUCCGUGGCUGCUGGGGACAGAUAGAUCCUCCAAGGUCGGUGAAAGUACUACUCAAACCAAGACUUCAAGACUUUCAAGUACUACCCCCGGGAGACAUACCGAGACAAAGAGAAAGCGGAUGAUAUAGACAGCAACCCGAGGUCCUCCACCAGAGACGGUUUGCUGGAAUGGGUAACCUGCUAAAAGUCCUAACAAGGGAAAUAGAGAACUAUCCACACUUUUUCCUGGACUUUGAAAAAACCAAAUGGGGAAUCUGUUAAAAGUGCUCACUUGCACAGAGCUUGAACAGGGGCCAAACUUUUUCCUUGACUUUGAAAAUGCACAGCCGACAGAAGGAGAGCGAGAGGUGUGGAACCAGGUGAACUCAGUCCUGCAGGACUCUGAGAGCAUCCUGUCUGGCCUGCAGGCGUACAAAGGAGCCGGCCAGGAGAUCAGAGAUGCAAUUCAAAACCCUAAUGACCUCAUGCAGCAGGAGCGAGCCUGGAACUCCGUCUGCCCGCUGGUCAUCAAACUCAAGAAGUUCUACAGUUUCUCUCUCAGACUAGAGGAGGCACUGAAGAGUUUAUUGGAGUCCCUGACAUGUCCGCCCUUCACGCCCACUCAGCACCUGGAGAGGGAGCAGGCGCUGGCCAAACAGUUUGCGGAGAUCCUCCACUUCACUCUGCGCUUCGAUGAGCUCAAGAUGAGAAUUCCUGCCAUCCAGAACGACUUCAGCUACUACAGAAGAACAAUCAGUCGAAACCGAAUAAACAACAUGAAUCUGGACAUUGAGAAUGAAGUCAACAAUGAAAUGGCCAACAGGAUGUCUCUGUUCUACGCUGAGGCCACACCCAUGCUGAAAACACUCAGCAACGCAACCACAAACUUUGUGACAGAGAACAAGACACUUCCACUGGAGAACACGACAGACUGUCUCAGCACCAUGGCCAGUGUCUGUAAGGUCAUGCUGGAGACGCCGGAAUAUUCAAGUCGUUUCAGCAGCGAGGACACGCUUUUGUUUUGCAUGAGGGUCAUGGUCGGGGUCAUCAUUCUUUACGACCACGUCCACCCCAAUGGCGCCUUCAACAAGUCCUCUAAGAUAGACAUGAAAGGCUGCAUAAAGGUCCUGAAGGACCAGCCGGCAGACAACGUAGAAGGCCUCCUGAAUGCCCUCAAAUUCACCACAAAACACCUGAAUGACGAGUCCACCCCGAAGAACAUCCGGACGAUGCUUCAGUAAUAUUUGCUCUUUUUUAAAAUAUAAAUAGAUAUGAAGAGGAUCAAUGCUCUGACCUCAAAUAAGAUGUAUAUGUUUACAUUAUUUAAAAAGACUCGAUGUUAAUACUUGUGUGUAUUUGCAUAGUCAUUCCCUCCAAGUUAUUGAAACCUGCAGAACAUGUACCUUGUACAAAAAAAAGCAUCACAUGAAUUGCCUCUACUGUUAACAGCUGUCAAAGCACAAAUGAUGGAUACCUAUCAGCCUUAUACUAUAACUGAGCUUUGCGAGCAGCAUAAAAAUGUCCUUAAACAAAUCUUGUCAAUCUUUAAUUUGACAAUGGAAUUAGUUUAGUGUACAGAUUUUAAUCAAAUUGAUGUUUUUCAAGCAAAAUAAAUAUUUUUUUUUGAAACUGAAAUCAAAAUUCUGACACAGGUUCGCACUUAUAUCACAAUGACACAUUUCUAAAAAAAAAAAAAAAUUUCAACAUGCAUUAAAACGAGUGAAGUUAUAUCAUCCUGUGUUUUCACUUGAUCUACAAAGAUAUGAACUCAAUCAAUGUUACGUGGACAUUUCUGUUCCAGUGAAGGGCUAAAUGUUGGAAGCAGAUGAGGGAUUGUUUGGUUUGAUGAAUAAGUAAAAAAAAGCAUUUGGGUGUUUUUCUCCUUUUGACAGUCAGUUGUUUUUCAAACUCCAGCCUUGUGCAUCUGAUUAAAAUAAAUCCACUGUGAACAUAAAAAAAUACUUUGCAGGUUCAUUAAGAUCCAGUUUGUCAAAGUUUGCUUUAACUGAGAGGUUUUGCUGAUUGAAAAGGAUGUGAUGAUGAAUCACAAGAUCAAAUCAACCAACCAAAUGUUUAUUUAUGCUCUGAAUGAUCAUUGUGUUUUGCCAUGUUUUAAGUGACUUUUUUGUGGCUUUUGUAUUAAACAGAAAAUCCAUUUUCCUAGAUAAAAUACUUAAAAAAAUCUUUAAUCCUAAAUAAAUGAUACGUGCUUCCUAAGUGAAGUUUUUACAUAAUUUUUUUAAGUCUCUUUCCUUAAAGGUAACCAUUCUCUUUUUAUCAAAAAUCAGUUUAAUCCUCUGGAUGUAUUCCCAGACGGAUUAAUGGAAUAAUUCACCUUGUCCACCUUUGUCCACUGGAGGGACAAAUUUGAAUUUUUUUUUCUUUUUAAAUAUGAAUUUUGAUAUUGUUCGAGAUGUUUAAAGCAACAUUUUGAGUUUACUAAGCUUUUGUAAACUCUGUUAAUUGUGUUCAAACCACACCUAGGAUCAUUUUGUCAACUAAAAACAAAUAAUACUGUACACCUCAAAAUUUGCCUUAAAUUGGACUGUUGAAGUUUGAGGAAUUACUCUCAAGAGUCGAGCCUUCAACCUGCUGUGCAUAUGAUCAUUGUGACUUCUCAUAAAGGGCCCAUUUUAUUGUGUAUAUCUGAUAUCCUAGCCCAUUUUACUAACAUCACACCACAGACGUUCCCACAGAGACUUGCAGCAGCUCCCAAACUGCUCAAACUAACCUGUUCAUAUGGUCGGACAAUCUCAUCAUCAGUGAUGCCUUUAUGUUGUACUCAAUUAAAUUGUGGUUCACUUUUUGGUAAAAUUGUUGUAAAGUCGUCUACUUUUCCAAAAGACCUCUCUAAUUUUGAUAUUACAAUAAUAACUUAAUAACUUGCACCACACCAUCAUCACUCCUGUGCUCUGACAAUAUGGAAAUGUCUGUGGCUUAUCAUGGAGCACAACAUUGCCUUGAAGACAGAGCAUAAGCUGACAAAUAUUAGGAUUUAACCUGUGAGAACUGUGUUUUUAUUUUUCAUCCUCAACAUAGAAUCACUUUUAUUUUAUUUCAUAAGCCACAUAUACUAUACACUGAACUAUACACACUCCUGCCCUUUGAUUAACAUGUCAACAUUCAGUUAUUAACAUUAAAUUAACACGUCAGGUAUCUACCAUUCAUUUAAGUCUUGUUUAUUUUUGAUCUUGUAUUUAGUAAUAUAUGUGUGUGUGAGCCAUACUUUGGAUGCAGUGUUUUAUAUGCAAUAAGUGAAAACUUUACAUGGAUGAGACUUAAAGUGAGGUGUACGUAUGAUACUGAUAUUUCAUAUCUGACUGAAGUGGUUUAAAAAAAAAAAAUCACAUCUUCUGUCAUCAUUGAUGUACACGAAGCUUCCCUCUUUGCCCAAGAUAUGCUACUGUGUGUUGAAUGCAAGAUGUUUUGAAUAUGGAGACAAAAUAAUUUUUUGUCUUAAACUGACAGUUACUGUUUAAUAUUUUUGGAAUUCAAACUCACUGUUGCUUUGGCUUUGUAUUGCAUUCUGAAUGGGAUGUGUGGAUUGGAUAAUAAAGGUGGUACAUUUCUUAUACGGA